CCCACAGAUUAUUAAGGAGAGGGACGCGCGGUGUCAUGGCCGCCAACAGCGGCGCAGCCUCAGGUCCAGCGGUCUCUGAUGGUGAUGUCAGCAAAAGCUCAAAAUCUGGAGAUGAGCUAGUAAUUCAGGUUCCCGUGGUUGAUGUGCAGAGUGACAACUUUAAGGAGAUGUGGCCAUCCCUUCUGUUGGCCAUAAAGACAGCUAGCUUCGUGGCUGUGGACACGGAACUGAGUGGGCUGGGGGACAGGAAGAGUUUGCUGAAUCAGUGCAUCGAGGAACGUUACAAGGCCGUGUGUCACGCUGCCAGGACCCGUUCUAUCCUCUCCCUGGGCCUUGCCUGCUUCAAGCAGCAGCCAGACAAGGGCGAACAUUCGUACCUGACCCAGGUGUUCAACCUUACCCUGCUGUGCAUGGAAGAGUACGUCAUAGAACCAAAGUCUGUGCAGUUCCUGGUACAGCAUGGCUUCAACUUCAAUCGGCAGUAUGCCCAGGGUAUCCUGUACCACAAGGGCAAUGACAAGGGUGAUGAGAGCCAGAGCCAGUCAGUGAGGACUCUGUUUCUGGAGCUAAUCAGGGCCCGCCGGCCCCUGGUACUGCACAAUGGUCUCAUAGACUUGGUGUUCCUGUACCAGAACUUCUAUGCACACCUACCCGAGAGCCUGGGUACCUUCACUGCUGACCUGUGUGAAAUGUUCCCAGCUGGCAUUUAUGACACCAAAUAUGCUGCUGAGUUUCACGCCCGCUUUGUGGCCUCCUACCUAGAAUAUGCCUUCAGGAAAUGUGAGCGGGACAAUGGGAAACAGCGGGCAGCUGGCAGCCCACACCUAGUCCUGGAGUUCUGCAACUAUCCCUCUAGCAUGAGGGCUCACAUAGACUACCGCUGUUGUAUGCCCCCUGCGAUCCACCAUCCUCAUUCCACCAGCGUCUGUGAUAAGUUCUCGGCCUAUGGCUGGUGCCCCCUGGGAUCACAGUGUCCUCAGUCCCACGAUAUUGACCUUAUCAUUGAUACUGAUGAAGCUGCCAUGGAGGACAAGCGGCGACGGCGACGACGUAAGGAAAAACGGCGGAGGGCUUUGUUGGGCCUGCCUGGGAAACAGACCUCUGGGGAAACUGAGGAUGGCCCUCCCACAAAGCAGGUCUGUGGGGAAGGCCUCAAGGCUGAGAAAAUUGAGCAGGAGGUGGCUGAGGAUGAGACUAACAACCAGCCUGGCUCUCAGCAAGCUCACAAAAAUGACCUAGAGGUGGAACUUGAAGCAACAAGGCCUGAAACAGCUGAUGUGGCUACCUUAGAAGCACCAGGGAGUCUAGUCACUCCUGACCCAGUGCCUGCGGAUGGAUUGCAUCGGGCUGGGUUUGAUGCCUUUAUGACGGGUUACAUAAUGGCCUAUAUGGCAAUGAGUCAAGGACCUCAGCCCUGUAGUUCUGGACCCUGGCUACCUGACUGCCACAACAAGGUAUACCUGAGUGGCAAACCUGUACCCCUCACAGUGGCCAAGAGCCAGUUCUCCCGUUCCUCCAAAGCCCACAAGCAGAAGAUGAAACUAGCUUGGGGCAGCAACUGACCUAACUUCCACUGCACUCAGAGCCAAAGAAGAGAAAGCUAAGGGUAGAACAGAGGGCUCUGGGUCCCUCUGGCCUGUGAAUGUCCUCCUCCCAACUACUACAGAGUUGAGCAGGGGAGUUCCCGACACAGAUACUACUACAUUGCUCCUGGACCUUCUUGAUACCGGAGGCUCAGGAACAAUGGUACAAGUGAGAAAGCUGACCAGCACCUGUAACACCAACUUUAUUUUUAAAUCUGAAAGUGUCUUGGGAUAGUUUUACCAAAAAAAUCAGCAGAAACAAGUUAUGAAAAUA